UAUGUUUUUUUCCGGGUCGCUCCUGUCAGAUCAUGGCUUCUCUUGAUAGAGUAAAGGUGUUAGUUUUAGGAGAUUCCGGUGUAGGAAAGUCCUCCUUAGUGCAUCUUUUGUGCCAGAACCAGGUUUUAGGAAAUCCAUCAUGGACUGUUGGCUGCUCUGUAGAUGUACGGGUCCAAGACUACAAAGAAGGAACCCCAGAUGAAAAGACCUACUACAUUGAGUUAUGGGACGUUGGGGGCUCUGUUGGCAGUGCCAGCAGCAUCAAAAGCACCAGAGCUGUCUUUUACAAUUCAGUCAAUGGAAUUAUUUUGGUGCACGAUCUGACAAAUAAGAAGUCCUCUCAGAACCUCUAUCGUUGGUCACUUGAAGCUUUAAACAAGGAUUCUUCUCCAACAGGAGUUAUUGUCUCUAAUGGUGACUAUGACCGUGAACAGUUUGCUGAGAACCCGGUGCCUUUGCUGCUGAUUGGCACCAAGUUUGACCAGAUUCCUGAGAACAAACGAAGUGAAGUUCUCACCCGGACGGCCUUUUUAUCUGAAGACUUCAACGCGGAGGAGAUCAAUCUCGACUGCACUAAUCUGAGAUACUUGGCUGCAGGAACAUCCAAUGCAGUGAAGCUGAGCAGAUUCUUUGACAAGGUGAUAGAGAAAAGAUAUUUCACAAGAGACCCAAGUCAGAUGACAGGCUUCACGGACCGAAAGCGCUUCAACUUCAAGAGUUUGCACUAUGACUGACAAACUGAACAGGCGCUGUGGUUUUGACUUUCCACCACCGCAGUUGCACUUGCAUUCCCUUCUUUGCAUGACUUGAACACCUUUUCACAGUGUCAACGAAGAUUCAGAUGCAGGUAAAACACUUGAUGAAAGAAGUCGACAGAAGAAUAAGCAAUAUGCUAAAAAAACAACUCAAAACACGAAUGCAACAGAUAUACACGUACACCGCAGUCAGAAAGUCUUCAGACCAGCAUCAUUUUUGCUCACGCUGUAACAGUCUAAUGCCAAGAAAUGUUUUUUUAAAUGUAUAUUUCUCAUCAUUGUAUGCGCAAUAAUAUAUAGAUUUUUUUUAAAUAGUGGUUAUCAUUUAGCUGGAAAUGACACAAGAAAGUGGCAAAUUGUAUAUUAAAAAUAAAUAGAUAAAUACUAUUUUUUUUUUUUCCAGG